CCAAUGACGUCCCAGUAGUCUAAGAAUCCGGUGCAUAGCAAACUUCGAAUAACAAGACAGUCAUCGCGCAGGCAUCGUGGUAGAAGGAUCAGCCAUGUCUUCUGGGACGGAAGAAGAGAAAAUUGAAUCUGUACAAAUAGAAGGACUUGUUGCUCUUCGAAUAGUAAAGCACUGUCAUGAAGAAGGUGCUGGAGAAAUUGCGCAGGGUGUACUUCUGGGCCUUUUAGCUGAUAAAACUUUGGAAAUUACAAAUUGUUUUCCCCAUCCACGCAACGAUGAUGAUGACUUUGAUGAAAUAUCCUACCAAAUCGAGAUGAUGCGUAAACUGCGAGAUGUUAAUGUCGAUCACUUCCAUGUUGGUUGGUACCAGUCCACCUUCUUAGGGUCAUUCCUAAACAAAACUUUUGUUGAAUCACAAUUCAACUAUCAAAAGUCAAUUGAAGAAUCUGUUGUGAUUGUUUAUGAUCCAUUACAAACAAACCAAGGAAUGCUGUCUUUUAAAGCUUAUCGACUUACGAAAAAACUGAUGGAUUUAUACAGUAGCGGUGAAAAAAAUUUUACACCGGAAGGUCUUACACAAAAAGGAAUAUCGUUCAAUAAUUUGCUAGAAGAGGUCCCGGUCACAAUCAGAACAUCUAAUUUAGUCAACACCCUCAUCACAGAAAUAGAAGAAGCUUCACCACCUGCUGUAAAAGAAGAAUUUCUCAGCCUCGCAACAGGAUCUUAUUUGGAGAAAAAUGUGCAAUUGUUGAUUGAAGGAGCUGAUGAGCUUUGUCAAGACUCUCAAAAGCUGCACAACUACCAAAGAAAUGUCGCAAGACAGCAACAACAAAUUGAUGCUUAUAAACAGAGAAGGAUGCAAGAAAACGAGAUGCGAAAACAAAGAGGUGAUCCCCUUCUUCCAGAAGAAGAUGUGAACAAAAUUUACCGUCCACAACAACCGCCACCUCGUUUAGAAAAUCUGUUGAGUACAGCACAGAUAGCCACGUAUUGUGAUCACUUGAACGAGUUUGCUUCACAGUCAUUCAGUAAAUUAUUUAUUGCAGAAAGUGUACAAAAAACUGAGGAGAUAUAAACAUAAAAUAAAAUUUGCGAAAAAAAGUU